UCAUAUUUUAAUGAGAAUAAAAUGUUGUUCUAUUUGCAAAGUACAGACCCAAACGAAUACGGGACAGUAAAGCUACAAACAAACUUAGGUCUUCAGAAUGAAGCGCUUGCUUUCAGAGUUGUUGACUUCAAUACUAUCGCAACUUUUGUCAUAACAGAUGAAACAGAUUUCAUGGAGUUUGAAAUAGAUGACAAAAGAAGUUUUAUAACAUUUCCUAACAGAGCAGAGUAUAGAAUAGAUAAAAUUGCUGGAGUCAUAGAUACUCUCAUAAAUGAAGAAACUAUUGACAACAUAGAUGUCAAACUCUCUUCUGAGGGAACAUUGAAGUUCAGUAGCAAGAAAGA